CCACCUGCUGCCUCAUGCAAAUAGACCCAUGGGCCCCAUCACCACCACCACAGCUGCUCCUUGGGCCUCCAAUGCUAAGCCCUGUCAUCUCUCCCUGAGUAUGGGUGAGAGGGCAGCUUGAUCCCUCUGGCUCCUACCUUCACAGUCCAGUAAGACCCCAGGAGUCAUGUGGACAUGUGAGCAAGCGUGAAGCCAGACCCCCAGCCUAGGAGCAGGAUACAGGGCUCCAUUCUCUAUGUAGUCCUUUCUUUGCCCACAAGGCAGGAACACAUUGGCCCUGCUUCCCCCUGGAUCCCUGUUAACUCCCCCAACCAGGAUCAGGCCCAGGGGCAGCUGGUUGGGGCUUGUCGAGAAAAAGGAUUAUCCAGAUCAGCCCCUUCUAAUCUCAGCGUCUGCCUGUACCCUCUUCCCCCACAGGCCUCGAUGAGGGAACAUGGUUUGGGGUGUUGACAACAGGGUCAUCUAUCACCCGUCUGUCUGGGCUCCUGGCCUGUUUGCUGAACAGACCUGCACUGCCAAGAUCAUGAGCACAAGUUAGGGCUAGGGCUGGGGGCCACUGGUGCUGUGGCUGCCCUUGUCUCUUGUUCUGCGCCCCAAACCCAACCAGUAAUCCUCACAGCUUUUCUCUGAUCCGUGGGCCUGAUGCUCUUAUCUCUGCUGGCAGACUGACCAUGGAGGCACCCCUCUAUUCCCCCCUUCUUGUGGCUGGAUGGGGGGGGUUGCUGCUCUUCUCUGGCUCACAGACCUGCUCCCCAGCCUUCCAGGCUGACCCAAGUCUCUGGAAGCCACACACCUCCCUCCCUGGCCUCUCCCAUACCCCUGCCAGCUGAUUUCAUUUGCCUGACGUGGUUGUCUCUGGCCUUACCCUUCCCUGUCAGUUUCCCCCCUCCCAGUUGGGGCCAGGCCAGGCCAGCUCCUCUGGCAGCAGAGGGAGGCAGGUGACAGGCAGGCAUCGCAGCUGAGAGAGUCAAGAGGCGCCUGGGAAGCGGAAACCUGGGAGAAGUCCAGCUAGAGCCCAAGAGUCAGAACUACCCCUCGACCUGCACCAUGGGGGAGAUGGAGCAGCUGAGGCAGGAAGCGGAGCAGCUCAAGAAGCAGAUCGCUGAUGCCAGGAAAGCCUGUGCGGACAUCACCCUGGCUGAGCUUGUGUCUGGCCUAGAGGUGGUGGGACGAGUCCAGAUGCGGACACGGAGGACACUAAGGGGACACCUGGCCAAGAUCUAUGCCAUGCACUGGGCCACUGACUCUAAGCUGCUGGUAAGUGCCUCACAGGAUGGGAAGCUGAUCGUCUGGGACACUUACACCACCAACAAGGUGCAUGCCAUCCCACUGCGCUCCUCCUGGGUCAUGACCUGUGCCUAUGCACCCUCAGGGAACUUUGUGGCAUGUGGGGGGCUGGACAACAUGUGUUCCAUCUACAGUCUCAAAUCCCGUGAGGGCAACGUUAAGGUCAGCCGGGAACUCUCUGCUCACACAGGUUAUCUCUCCUGUUGUCGCUUCCUGGAUGACAACAACAUUGUGACCAGCUCUGGGGACACCACGUGUGCCUUGUGGGACAUUGAGACGGGGCAGCAGAAGACGGUGUUUGUGGGACACACUGGUGACUGCAUGAGCCUAGCCGUGUCUCCAGACUACAAACUCUUCAUUUCGGGGGCUUGUGAUGCCAGCGCAAAGCUCUGGGAUGUGAGGGAAGGGACCUGCCGCCAGACCUUCACUGGCCAUGAGUCAGACAUCAAUGCUAUUUGUUUCUUUCCUAAUGGAGAGGCCAUCUGCACUGGCUCAGAUGAUGCCUCCUGCCGCCUGUUUGACCUGAGGGCAGAUCAGGAACUGACUGCCUAUUCCCAUGAGAGCAUCAUCUGCGGCAUCACAUCGGUAGCCUUCUCACUCAGUGGUCGCCUGCUCUUCGCAGGCUACGAUGACUUCAACUGCAAUGUCUGGGACUCUAUGAAGUGCGAGCGUGUGGGCAUACUCUCUGGCCAUGACAACAGAGUCAGCUGCCUCGGGGUCACAGCUGAUGGCAUGGCUGUGGCCACUGGUUCCUGGGACAGCUUCCUCAAAAUCUGGAACUAAGGAGUCUAGAGGAAGAGAGGUAGAAAGCCAUGAAGAUUCUCAGCUGCUUCCUUCUAUGCCCCAUCUCCUUAGGGUCAGUCUUCUACUCCCCAGGGCCAUUCCCAGUAAACUCCCAUUUGAGAGCCAUAGGAUUAUGGGAGUGUGCCUUUGGAAGCAUCAGGGACACAAGGGCAAAGAACUGCCCCAUUUCCUCCCAUGGCCUCCCCUUUCCAUAGUCCAACGAGAACAGACCCUCUCAGCCCCUAAAGUCAUCUUGAGCUAACAGUAGCCUUUGUCCAGACCUGGAAUGGCCAGGGUGCUGGCUCAUGGUUAUGGAUGUCACUACUAGUCUCCUGGCCCCUUCAGACUUUCUCCUUUUCUAUCCCUGCCCCCUCUAUUAUUACCUAAUAAAAUGCAGCAUCCUGUGA